AUGGUUUCAUAUUUUCUAUCUCAGGAACAAGAAUUUUUAGCAUCUUUCCCACAAGUCAGCCCAGCAGGUACUCCCCAAGGAUACCCAGGUAACUUGAGUCCAGAGCAAGAAGAAAAAGUGAAAGAAUUGAGAACAGCAUUGCAAGCUAAAGGUUUCGAAGUUCGCUUAGAUGAUGCUUCAUUGUUACGUUUCUUGAGAGCUCGUAAGUUUGAUAUUGCUUUAGCUCAAAAGAUGUUUGAAGAACAUGAAAAAUGGAGAAAAGAAUUUGGUGUUGAUACCAUCUUCGAAGAUUUCCAUUAUGAUGAAAAACCAAUUGUCGCUAAAUACUACCCUCAAUACUAUCACAAGACCGAUAAAGAUGGUCGUCCAGUUUAUAUUGAAGAAUUAGGUUCAGUUAAUAUCACUGAAAUGUACAAAAUUACCACACAAGAACGUAUGUUGAAGAACUUGGUUUGGGAAUAUGAAUCAUUUGUCAGAUUCAGAUUACCAGCUUGUUCAAGAAAAGUUGAUUAUUUGGUUGAAACAUCAUGUACCAUCCUAGAUUUGAAAGGUAUUUCAAUUUCUGCUGCUGCUCAAGUCUUGUCAUAUGUUAGAGAAGCUUCAUACAUUGGUCAAAACCAUUAUCCAGAACGUAUGGGUAAAUUCUAUUUGAUCAAUGCUCCAUUCGGGUUCUCUACUGCAUUCCGUUUAUUCAAACCAUUUUUAGAUCCAGUCACCGUUGCUAAAAUCUUUAUUUUGGGUUCAUCAUACCAAAAAGAAUUAUUAAAACAAAUUCCAGCCGAAAACUUGCCAGUCAAAUUCGGUGGUAAAUCAGAAGUUGAUGAAGCUCAAGGUGGAUUAUUAUUAUCGGAUGUUGGUCCAUGGAGAGAAAAAGAAUACAUUGGCCCAGAAGGUGAAGCUCCAAAAGCUUUCUCAUUGACUUGA